UGUGCGUCCGGACAAAGGGAGGGGCCCAUGGCUGGGCUCCCCGCACAUGUGACCUCCAUGCUCUUCCUCGCCCUCCUGCUGCUCCUGGAGCUGAGCCUGGUAGACUCCCUGGGACCUGAAGCCCCUGCUCGGAACCUCCCUGAGAAUCACAUCGACCUCCCGGGCCCAGCACUGUGGACGCCUCAGGCCAGCCACCACCGCCGGCGGGGCCUGGGCAAGAAGGAGCGGGGCCCAGGCAUGCCCGGCCUGGCCCAGGAUAGAGCUGUGGUCACUGCCACCAGGCAGGCCUCCAGGCUGCCAGGGGCAGGGGGGCUGCUGCCUGGGCAGAGGCCUGCUGGCCUGCUGCAGGGCAAGGAUCUGCUCCUGGGCCUGGCACUGCCCGACCCUGAGAAGGACAACCGGUCUCCAGGGUCAGAGAGGACAAAGAAACGCGGCAGGGAGCACAAGAGACGCAGAGAGAGGUUGAAACUGCACAGAGGCCGAGCCUUGGUCCGAGGCCCCAGCUCCCUGAUGAAGAAGGCGGAGCCCGCUGAAGACCAGGCCCCCGACGCGGCGAUGGAGGAAUCCUCCACCAGCCUGGCCCCCACCAUACUCUACCUCACCACCUUUGAGGCAGCACCCGCCACGGAAGAGUCCCUGAUCCUGCCUGUCACAUCCCUGUGGCCCCAGGCUCAGCCCAGGCCUGACGGGGAGGUGAUGCCCACGCUGGACAUGGCCUUGUUCGACUGGACCGAUUAUGAAGACUUGAAACCUGAGGUCUGGCCCUCUGCAAAGAAGAAAGAGAAACACCGGGGGAAACUCUCCAUCGAUGGUAACGAAACAUCACCAGCUGAAGGGGAGCCGUGCGACCAUCACCAGGACUGCCUGCCAGGGACCUGCUGUGACCUGCGGGAGCAUCUCUGCACGCCCCACAACCGAGGCCUCAACAACAAAUGCUUUGACGACUGCAUGUGUUCGGAAGGGCUGCGCUGCUACGCCAAAUUCCACCGGAACCGCAGGGUCACACGGAGGAAGGGGCGCUGCGUGGAGCCCGAGACGGCCAACGGCGACCAGGGAUCCUUCAUCAACGUCUAGCGGCCCCGCGCGAGGCGCCUCCCCACCGGCCUGGGGACUGAGCGCCGGAGGUUUGGAGCAGCCGGGCAAUUUGUUUUUACUUAGCAGCGGGCGAUCAGACGGGGGACCAGAUGACUGAGGCUGCAGGCUCAGGCCCAGAACGGAGGGGGGCCCAGGAGCCCCGCAGCGGCACGCCUGCGCCCACCCCCUCCCCGGC